AUGCAAGAAAAAGCUAAAGAAAUUUACAUGACUUUCCUGUCCAGUAAAGCUUCCUCCCAAGUCAACGUUGAAGGGCAGUCCCGUUUGAAUGAGACCAUUUUGGAGACACCUCACCCUCUCAUGUUUCAGAAGCUCCAGGACCAGAUAUUCAAUCUCAUGAAAUACGACAGCUACAGCCGCUUCUUAAAGUCAGACAUAUUCCUAAAUCAUAAGAAGUCUGAGGAGCAGGAGGAGAAUUCACCAGAGGCUCAGACUGCAGCUAAAAGAGCAUCGAGAAUUUACAACACAUGA